UGCACAUAAAAUAAAUGGCGACUCUUCGGUUAGGAGAAAAAGAAAAAAGACAAAAAAGAAAAAGGAAAGUAACAAUUUUUAUUUAUAAAUUGCAAUAUGACAAUUCCAGGAUGAAACACAAAAUUUCUUUUCUACUAGGAAGACACUGCUUGUUGAAGAAAAUAUUAUGCUGAGAUUGAAAUAUGAUAAUUGGUCUUUAGAAUGGUUGCCUUCAGAUGUGAUGGAUGAAAUUACUUUAAAGGAGUUUAUGGAAAGAUAUUCAAUGCCUACUGCAAUGGUCAAGAUGAAGAAUUACCUACUUUGGGUGAAUCUUGAUGAAUCAGGUGAUGCAAGUAUUGUUAUCAGCUCGGGAAAAUACAAAGAUAAGAUGUGAAUUUUAACAGUGGAAGCAGUACAUGAAUAGUUGCAGCUCGUACAGAUACUUCCUUUGUGAACAGAUUUUUAUUUCUUAUGCAGUAAUGAAGUAAAAGCUGAACCAUGCUGAUACGUCCUGAUUUUGUGGCAUUUGUUUUCAUAUUUAUAAAUCUUCUGACAAGCUGCAACUGGAUGCAAAGUGUUGCAGUACAGAGACCACCAAAGCAUAUUAAAAAACCAAACAGCUCCAUCAUGUUUAAUGGAAAGGGGUUUUGGAAUAUUUCAAAAUACAAUUUUCAGUUUGAAAUGUUUAGGUUACAGUUUUUGUUUCGUACAAAAGAAGAUAAAGGUCUCAUAGCUUUUGGAAGUGGAGAAGCUGAUGUUCCUACCUUUCUGUUAUAUCUAACAAAUACAGGAGUGGAAUUAAGUAUUCAGAAAAGGGGGGAUCCAGAACAUAUGGAUUUUGCAGUUAGUAUUAACCAAAAUGUGAGUGAUAGUAAGUGGCACAUGCUCAGCAUGAUUCUGAUGAAGGAGGGAAAACAACUAAUUCUGGAUGAUAAUAUUGAUAAAGCACAGUCAGUAAGGUGGAAUUAUAAGUUCAGCAGUUACACUAAUAUACCAUUUGUCACAUUUGGAGCUACAGAAAGUGAAACAUUAUCAACAAGGAAAUGUCCAGAAAUAUUUUUUGGAUGUAUUGGUGAUGUCAGUAUUAAUGACCAAACUAUUGAACCAAAUGAUAAGAGAUAUAAGUUACAAGGUGAUGUGAAACCAGGAUGUCCUUGGACAGGUGAGUUAAGAAUUGGAGAAAGGUGUUUAAGUGAAGAAGACUGUGAAAAAAAUUUGGUUUGUAAAAGCAACAUCUGCUCUUGUCCUGAUAAUCAUGUUGUAUCAAGCAACCACACUUGUUUAUCAACCAAACGUCUUGGGGAAAAAUGUGACAGUAAUGAGCAGUGCAUCUUUGUCAACCAAAAUUCUGCCUGUUCUGUGGAGAAACAUAUAUGUGUGUGUUGCAAGAGUUUCAUGUGGUCUGAUGUGCUAAAAAGAUGUGUUAAGAAAGGGGAAUUAGAGUUUUCUGAUAAAUGCUCAGAAAAUGAUGAUUGUGCUUUAAAGUUCUGUAACAAGAACAACAGGUGUUCUUGUCCUGACAAUGCCAGACUCGAGAUCAGUGCUGAACUUGGAAAAUCUGAAUGCGUAGAAGACAACAAAAGAGAUUGCAAGGAAACAACUUGGAGAACUGUGACAAUAAUACUUUUUGUAAUUAUCCUGAUCUAUAUUCUUUGUAAAGAAAAGGUGUCAGCUGGCUAUAAUCUAUUAUAUAGAUGGGUGAGAAAUUACAAAGAACAGUAUAUUCAGCAAGAAAACAACAACCAAGAAGUAUUUUAAAGUUCUGAACAAAUGAGUGUUGAAAAUAGACACAUUAGCUUGUAUUCUCUGUGAUUGUCAAAAACUUCAGAAAAGGAUAAAUCAAUCUGAGAAAUGAACAGAUCUGUAAAUGUGGUUAUAAAAUCAAUAAUUCCAAAAAGCUUAAAUUAAAAUUUUGCAAUAGAUAAAAUAUUCAAUAAAGAUUUUCUAUAAUGAUUUCAAUAAUUUAUAUGUUAAUUAACUUGAUUAUGAAAUGAAUUUUUGGUAAUGAAUCACCUGUACUUAAUUAUCCAUUCCUAAUUAACCAUCAUACUUUAUUGUAAUUAGUCAUAAUUCAUUUAUUAUUGUUGUUGGUUUAGAAAAAUCAUUAGAUGUUUGCCAAAUUGAUUUUUUACUGUGAUAUAUCAUGCAAUUUCACUCAGUAAAAGUUAACAGAUGAUUUUAAGCUUAAUUGAAGUAAGCAAGCUGUUAUUUUUCAGUGAUAGCUGUGAUUAUAAGUGCUUAAGUUCUUUUUUUUUUUAUAAAUUAUGGUUUAAGGAAAAGUUACUUUUGUAAGUUCUGUUCAAACAAUGUCUAUUUAAUCUUAUGGAAAAUACAUUCAAGACUGUGAUUUUUCUUUGUAUGCCAAUAAUUUAUUGAGAUAGUAUGUUUAGGCUUUAUGGUUCUACUUAUUGAGGGUUGUUUGUUUUUGUUCCCUUUACUUAACAUAAUGUUUAGGGACAACAAGGGACCUAUUUGUCCAUUUCAGCUGCCCCAUCCUCUAAACUAAAUUAAAACUAUUAAAUACGUAAAUAAAAAAAUAUAAAACCUUGCCAAAAUUUAUAUUUAUGUCCUUUAGUCCUACUGUUUUUACCAUUAAGUGUGAAAAAAGAUGAUGCAUCAACACUGUCAAUUCCCUUUACAAUCUUAAACAACUCAAUCAGAUCCCAUCUAUCUCUUCUUUUUUUCAAGAGAAAACACUUUCAUAGAUCUUAAUCUCUCCUCAUAUGAAAACCCAUCCCAGAUAUCAUUCUUGUAAUCCUCCUCUGAACCCUUUCCAAAAAUUCAACGUUUUUCCUAAGGUAAGAAGCCCAAGACUGAACACAAUAUUCCAAAUGUGGCUUAA